CUCAACGAAAUAACAAAACCCCUCUUAAAUCUUAUUCACCUCUCUCACCCUGCUUUGUUCAUCAACCUCAACACCACUAUUUGCCCUCUCUUCCUUGGAGAAAAAGAGAUGGAUUCUUCUCCUUCACCGGACAUACACAUCCCAGAGCAAUGGUCAGAGGCUGCAGAGUCCAUUGUAUACAGUUCAAGGCCUCCUAUUAUUCUUAUAUGCGGUGCCAAGAAUUGUGGGAAAACAACCUUCUCCCGCUAUCUCCUAAAUGUCCUUUUGCACAAAUACCCCAAAGUAGCUUAUCUGGAUACUGAUGUUGGCCAACCUGAGUUUACUCCUCCUGCUUUUCUUUCACUAACCAUUGUUCAUAAAGUAACUCCAGAUUUGACAGUUCCAUGCAUGAAAACACCGGAGAGGUGCCUUUUCUUUGGUGAUGUUUCUUCUAAGAGAGAUCCAUCAACAUACUUAAGUUACGUAUUUGCCUUGUAUGAUUAUUAUCAAAAAGAGUAUUGCAUCUCUGAGAAGGGAAAAAAUCCUUUUAAGAUCGAGUUGCCUCUUAUUGUGAAUACCCCUGGCUGGGUGAAAGGUGUUGGUUAUGAUGUAUUAGUGGACAUGUUGAAAUAUAUUUCUCCAACACAUGUAGUUAAGAUAAGCAUAUCCAGGGAAAGUAAGAACCUACCUUCCGGUGAAUUCUGGUUAGAUGGAGAACAUGAUGAAACAAUUAACUUAAUUGAAAUAAAUUCAGCUCAUCAGGACUUGUUAAAUAGAUCGAUGAUUGUUCGGAAGGAUGCACGUCUCCUACGUGAAUUCCGAAUAAUGGCUUAUUUCAGACAGUGCAUUUGUAGAGAUUCAAGUAUUUCUACGAUCAAAGAACUUGCACAUGCCUUGGCCUCCCACUGUCCUUAUGAAGUUCCCAUUGCAAGCAUAAAGAUUCAACAUCUUCAUUGUGAGGUCCCAAGCUCUGAAAUAUUCUUCACUUUGAAUGCUUCCAUAGUUGGCUUAGCAGUUGAUUCUGAAGGACUUGAAAAUUUACCAUGGUGUCUUGGUCUUGGGAUUGUGAGGGGCAUUGACAUGGUCAAAGGCGUGCUCUAUGUCAUUACUCCUGUGCCCCAUAGUUCUUUGGAAAAAGUCAACCUCUUGCUACAUGGCUAUAUCCAAAUUCCCUCUUGUUUAUUGCAGGUUCAGGGAUGUAUCUCACCUUACAUGUCAGCGAAUACUUUGACCACAAACUAGUUAUUCAUGUGUUUCUAUUUUCUGACACUUUGUCAUUCCUUAUCCAAUUACUAGUUUGUAGCAAAGAGUAUUGACCCUUUAAUUGUUUUGUUUUGUUAUUUUAUAAAAUAAAAUAUAUAAAGGUUAGAUAUGGUUUUAAAUUUUAAUCUCUACAAAUUGACCGAUUUUGUAACAAGUCCCACAUCGGGAAGGUCUCCUCACCAAGGAGACUUUAUAAGACAGAUUUCUAUUGAAAAAAAAAAUGUGUAAUAGGUGAUUCUUGUACCAAAAAAACAUUAUACUUUUUGUCUCAUAUAUGACAUAUGUUGAAAAAUGGGAGAAUGAAAAAUGACCUCAUAAUUUUUAG